AGACGAACGGUACCGACAAAAAGUUUAACCACUUCGCGGACCUCCGGAUCAUGGCGGCCGGUUCAGGGCAGGCAGCUGCGGCGGGGGGCGUGUGUGCGGGUCCCGGGCGGAUUGUGUAGAGAAAUUGUUGUUGUUUGUGACGAGACGCUGAUGUUUGUGUUGUAAUAGUGAGACGGUGUGUGUGCGGUGUGUGAGACUCUGACACGACGCGAUCUCAGUGUUUUCUCCGUGCCGCUGUGAGUGUGUCCCCCCCCCCGUGCUGAGCGCAGUGGUACAGUCCGGCUCGCCCGCGUUGUCCCGGGAUGACCUGUUGAUGUGUGUACAAUAAGACGAGGUGCGGUGACGCGGUGCAGCUCUCACACACACACACACACACACACACUCACACUCACACAAACAAACACACACAACAGGGCGAAUGGGAACAACUUUAAUGUUGGUCUUCUACGGUAACGGGGCGUUUAGGUGACGUGCAGCAGCCGGAUUUACACCGCAUUUCCCCGUCGGGAUCUGAAGCUCUGCAGGCCUCCGGACCCGUGCUGCAGUGACACACACACACACACACGCGCAUGCUGAGCUCGGUCGCGUUACCGCGUUUAUUCUGUGUGACUCUUAAACCGCGUGUUUUGGCGUCGCCGCGCGCGCACCGAGCUGCCUGGCACACCGCGGGCACCGGCCGGCCUGAGACCCGGAGCUCCAGCCCGAUCAGCGCGAGGCCUGAGGUCUGACUCUGAGCUCUACAGAUUUCCGUGGUGGUGCCGGCCGUAGCGCCAUGGCUCAGACCCUUCAGAUGGCGAUCCCCAACUUUGGCAAUAAUGUACUGGAGUGUCUGAACGAGCAGCGGCUGCAGGGCCUGUACUGUGACGUGUCUGUGGUGGUGAAAGGCCAUGCCUUCAAGGCACAUCGGGCCGUACUGGCAGCCAGCAGCGCGUACUUCCGCGACCUCUUCAACAGUGGCGCCGGCAGCAAAGCCCCGGCCGUGGUGGAGCUGCCGCCUGCCGUACAGCCUCAGAGCUUCCAGCAGAUCCUGUCCUUCUGCUACACGGGCCGCCUCAGCAUGAACGUAGGAGAUCAGUUCCUGCUCAUGUACACUGCAGGUUUCUUGCAGAUCCAGCAGAUCAUGGAGAAAGGCACAGAGUUCUUCCUGAAGGUCAGCUCACCCAGCUGUGACUCACAGGGCCUCCACGUCGAGGAGACGCCACCAUCUGAGCCUCAAAGUCCUGUUACUCAGACGACCAUCAGCGUCUCUGCCAACGGCGGAGGGGGGGGAGGAGGGGUGGCGGCCACAGCCACCAGUCGCCCCGCCUCCUGCCUCACCCCACUGCCUCUGGUGUCCCGAGUAAAGGCAGAGCAGCCCGAGGUCUCGCCCUACUCUGUGGUCUGCACUCCUGUGGCGAAGCGUCUUUGGGAGGGUGGGAGUCGAGACAGCACCGGAGCGUCUGGAGGAUCUGGUGGGCGCAAAGCAGCACGUUUUUCCCAAGAGAUGGCACGCGGUAGCGCAAUCCAGCCACAGGGACUGGCUGUAGGAUUGGCUGUGGCUCCUGGAGGUCAUGCUGCGAAUGCUAACGGCAGCGGUAACGGAUCCAGCAGCAGUGCCACUCCUGAGGGCACAAGCCCUGGGACCGUGAGCGCCUACGCCAGCGACUCGCCUAUCUCUUAUCACGAUGAUGAGGAGGAGGAAGAGGCGGUGGAGGACGGUGCUGAGGAACAGUACAGGCAGAUCUGUAACAUGUACACCAUGUACAGCAUGCUCAACAUGGGCGCCACAGCGGGUGAGAGAGUAGAGGCUCUGCCGGACCACUCAGAGACUCGAAGUCGGAUGCGUGGACGUCAGGACCUGGCGUCUCUCCCUGCAGAGCUCAUCGCUCAGAUUGGAAAUCGCUGCCACCCCAAACUGUAUGAGGAGGGCGACCCAGCCGAGAAACUGGAGCUGGUAACAGGAACUGGUGUCUUCAUCUCCAGAGCUCAGCUGAUGAAUUGUCAUGUCAGUGCAGGAACCCGACACAAAGUCCUGCUGAGGAGACUCCUGGCUGCGUUCUUUGACAGGAGCACUCUAGCGAACAGCUGUGGGACGGGGAUUCGCUCCUCAACUAAUGACCCCAGUCGUAAACCUCUGGACAGUCGCGUCCUCCACGCUGUUAAAUAUUACUGCCAGAACUUUGCAACAAGCUUUAAGGAGAGUGAGAUGAACGCCAUUGCAGCAGACAUGUGCACUAACGCUCGGCGUGUGGUGAGGAAGAGCUGGAUCCCUAAACUGAAGUUGCUGAUGGCGGAGAGUGACGCUUACGCAGGCUUCCUCCCCGAUGCCGUCAAGAUGGAGGCUGAGGCUCUCGGAGCCGACUCUGCCUUCGAGGCGGCUGAUCUAGAGGGCGGAGCCUCUCUGGAGACCACCCCCUCGUCUGGAGAAUCACUGCAGGGCGUGGCUGGAGAUGCCAGCACUCUGUUUCAGUGAGUGGGCCUAAAUGAAGGAGCCCAAGUGUUGGCCUUGUGUCCUGUCUACACGACUCUGUAGGUUGUGCUUUAACUGAGACGCUUUCACUUCUUUCUUUUUCAGUUUGUUUUUCCCCCAAAUAACAAUUUUUUUGCACAAAAGCUCCUCCUUCUCUUCACGCUUUAUAAAUCUGUAUAUCAUUAGACACUGAUUUGUUUUGUAGUUUGCCUCCAUAUCUUACACACACACACACACACACACACACACACUCACUCUUCCCCCAUCAACACUGUAGUCGAUUAGUUGAAUGUAAACCUCUACAGCACCACACACUGGUGUUGAGACUCACCGAUUGUAUUUAGGCCGAGAGAGUCGUAGUCACUGUAGAGAGACAGACAGACAGACACACAGAACUGUAGGUGGUUCCUUUCUACCCAAUUUGGAAAGAAUUUAUUUUCCUCCUCCACUUUUCCUCUAAAUUUCUGAGAUUGAAUGCAGAAACAGAAUUCUGUCCUUUGUUUCUCUCUCACACACACACACACACACACACACACACACACACCUGUGUGUUAUUUGUCCUGAGUGUGUGGUGGCUGUCGUAUGAUCUCAGGCUUAGAGUGAGACAAACAAGAAUAUUUAUCUUUUUUGUUUUUUAAUUAGAGAGCGAGAUUGUUUAAAACUUUUCUCUUUUAUUUUAACUGAGGUGUUGAAGACGUGUUUUGCUGUAAGGUUUUGGGAGGUGAAGAGAAAUUAUUUUUACAUACUGAUGUCUUUUACAAAGACCGGUGCUUGUACCUGAUUGGCUGUGAAAUGGCUCCUCUGGUGGCUCGGCUUAAUCUGAUUCACUGAUUCAGUGUCUGACUCACACCGUGUUUGUCUUUAACACACCCUCGUCUACUUCCCCGAAUCCCUCUGACUCACACACCACUAUCACUACAAGUUCACUGCAGCUCUCAUGGUGUGUGUGUGUGUGUGUGGUUUGUCUCCUUUACUCAGUCUACUGAGUCAUCUUUUUGAUUCACUCUGAAUCACUUUGAAUGAAAACUAAUUGACUUCUGAAGCUAAAUCUAAUAACAGCAAUUGAGAUGAAGAUAAAAUGAAAGUCAGUCAUGUUUCUUAUAACUUCAGAAGCUCUGCCUUCUCACACCAACCAAUCAGGUGAUCCAGGUGUCCUUUGUGGGUGUGGCUUUGGACAAAUGACCCUGAUGCUUCAGUUAGCCUCCACCUAAAAACCACUGAUUGCACCUUUAAUUAUUUUAUUAAUUAUUCUUUUUAAUUGUUUUGCUCCCAUGUUAAAGUUUUAGUAAAAUAUUAGAUUGUGUUUUUUUUUCCUUACAAAUUCCACCUAAAGGGACGUGUACAGGGGUGUGAUGACACUGAAGAACUGUGUGUGUGUGUGAGACCCUGUUUGGCCUAUCCCUGUGUAUAAACACACACACAUGUAGGUUUGGCCUGGGGGAGGGGAAGGCCAUGCUUCCUUUUGUUAUGAUCACCCUGCUGUCUUAAAGACAAGGUGAUUGAUUGUGUGUGUGUGUGUGUGUGUGUGUGUGUGUGUGUGAGAGAGAGAGAGGGAGAGAGAAAGUGUGAGUUGGGGGUUUACAGUGUCUGGGUCCCAGGAGACAGAAGGGUGUGUAUGUGAUUGAGCUGCUCUGUAUAUCCCUGUUUGGGCAGCUGUGUGUGUGUGUGUGUGUGUGUGUGCAUUCUUUGCACAUAGUUGUCUUUGUGUGCUUGCAUGAGGGUGAUGCCUGAUUGAGAUUUAAGGUGUGUUUGUUUCGUGUGUGUGUGUGUGUGUGUGUGUGUGUGGCACUGGGCAGGGCUUUUUGAAAGUGUUACAGUUGAAAGCUUUUUGCCUUUGCAUAUUAGUGAUGUCUUAAAUUUCCUCCAGGAGCAGAGCUGCAGCGCUCCGUCAUGCCGUCCAGCUUCACUUUACUCUCCAACACAUUGUGUAAUGUGAAUGUUCACCGUUGUCAGUGUUUAGAUCACAUUCAAAUUCUAUUGGUCACAUACACAAUCAUUCGUAGUCGACUGUCUGUGUUAUUAAUAUAAUGAUCAAAAAGGAUUAAGGUCAAAAAUGAGGGGUUUGAAAAAAUAAAAUAAUGAAAUGAAAAAAAUGAGAAACAGAAUCAGACGUUCAGAGCAGAAAAUGACACGGUUUCUGUUUCUCAGUAGAAGAUUCUAGCUGCUAUAUUAUAAUUGUGAACAGGAACUAAGUUCUAGUUCAGAUAAAGAAAUAAUUUCUUCUUGAUUGCAGUGUUUUAAGAGUAAACACACUUCACCAUGACAAUAAUCUACUUCAGGUUAGGAUAAUAAUAAAUAAUCAACAGUUUGACUUUAACACUGAACGUCAUUAAAUCUAAUCUUUUCGGAGUGUGUGGAGACACGAGAGACAUCAGAGACACGAGAGACAUGAGAGACGACUCGUCUGCAGCUCUGCUUUGGCUCAGUUUAGUAAAACAAUCUGCAACUCAAACACAGUUUUGUCAGUAAAGAUUUAAAUCAGGAAGUCGUAACAUUUCAGUUAGAGAUUUUAGACCUUUAUUCUGAAAUAUAAUUGAACAAAAAAAAAUCAAGAAUUUCUUGAGUAAAAUAAAAUAGAUCGUUUUUAAAGUAGUGAUGUUUGAUUUUAAAAAUAAAUCACGAAGCAGCACAAGAACAUGGUUCUAGAUUAUGGGUUAGAGAAAUGUUCUAAUCCCACCCAUUCUGAGCAGACUGUGGGGUGCCAAUACAAUUGCAUGCUCAGUAAACUGAUCAGCGAGUGAAUGACCAAUAAUUAUUCAUUUACGAUGUGAUUUUUCCCCAAAAACUUUAUUGAACAAAUAUAAAAAGUCUCCAAACUACCUGUUAGUGGUGUGUGUUAGUUACAGAGGUACGUGGAGCAUUGCACCUUCUUUUUGUAGGAGACUGGAGUUUGUGCACCUUUUAGUGUGUGUGUGUGUGUGUGUGUGUGUGUGUGUGUGUGUGUGAGAGAGAGAGAGGUUGGUGUGUUAUAGGGUUUUAAUCUUGCCCUUGAUGUAAAUAUUAAUGAGACUGUUGAUGUUGUUGCUGUGGGGUCCCCCCCCCCCCCCCAAUCCAGAUCUUUGUAGAUUUCACACUUUGCUUUUUAGUGUUUUUUCUUCUUUUUUCUGCGUCUCAGUUUAACUCGAGCUUCCCAGAUCAGAUUUUAGUCCUGAAAGUAAGACUGUACAGUAAUGGGGAAUAGAGUAGUGCAGAUGUUUUUGUUUUUGUUGUUUUAACAGUUUAAAUAUUUGAUCUGUAUCUAAUCCACAGUGAGAGUGGAGUCGAGUCUUUUUAUAGGAAAAGCAGAAACUUUGAACUGUUUGGGAUAUUUUUAAUCAUUUUGAUAGUUUUAAGGAUCAGAGGCUGUGUUUCUGUUUCUGUGGCUUCCAUUUUGAUUCUCACACACACACACACACACACACACACACACACACACACACACACACCUUGCUGUACAGUCUUGUGCACUACACACAGUGGACUCCAGAGGGCGCUGUGUUCACUUUAAUUCGUUAACAGCCGUUACACAGAGGAACACAUUUUAGACUUUGUUUACAUUAUUUUGAGGAAAAAAAACAAUGUUCUUCAUUUAUUUUAGUUUUGUAAAGUUGCCUAAAGAGUGUGUUUUUAUAUGACAGAGGGACCAGAGUCGUGCCGAGCAGACGUGUCAUUUUAUUACUUUAUUGUUUUUACUGUCUGUUGAAGUCUCUGUGCCUAAAAAUGCACCUUUUUAAGGGGGGGAUUUGAUUUUAUUGUAAUGUUCUUGAUCCACGGCACCUUGAUGACGGCGUCUGCGAGGCCGGAGACUGAAACAGUGUGAGAGUUUACUGACCCUUAAUCAUUGUGUUCUAAACCCCGCCCCUUUUUUCAAAUCCAUUCUGGGCUGCUGUGCAUUCUGGGACAGCAACCGAGGACUGAGUGGUGUGUUUAUCAUAUCAAUCAGUACACACACACACACACACACACACACACACACACACACACACACACACACCUCUCUGCAGUACCUCUUCUGUUCCCGUUACCUCAGAAUCCUGCCUUUAACCAGUUUUCCUCAGCGUGCAGUGUGAUGAAAGUCAGUGUUGAGCUCCACAUAACUGACCUUUUGUAAAAAAAAAAAAAAACCACGUAAAAAUAAAUAAAUAAAUCUACUGGGUGGUGAAGAAGAGAAUCAUCUGCACAGAUGCAGUGAGACAUGUUGAGAUUUAGGGAUCACUGAUGAUUUCAUCUGCACACAAGCAGGAGUGUAAAACAUUUUUCUAAAAAAAAAAAAAAAAUUGAUGCGUGUUCACUUUCUAUAACUACAAAUCUGUACAAUAGAGAAUGAUCCAUACAUAUAAACAUACAGAAAUAUAUCUAUAUCUAUAUAAACAUCCUGUACGUUCUGUAGAAGCACUAAUGAGAUUUGUUCGUCGUGCACUCACAGCAUGAGAUGUAACCCAGAAGCUGCUUCGAGUCCAGUCUGCCCCCCCGCCCCCGCCCCCGUCCCUGUAAUGCCCAUGUCCCAUCACAACAUUCAGUCUGUGUUCAGAGUGCCAAUAACUUUGUGAAUCCCUAACUGUGACCCGAUAUUAUCAAAGUAUAAUUGCACAUUAACUACUGUAAAGGAAAAAAAAAACAAAAUUGAAAACAUCUGUAUAUCUUAAUAAAAACGUUUGUAACAAA